AUGGCAACGAAUCAUAGACAAAACUGCACCAAGUUCACAGAAGAUCAGUUGAAAAUCUUCAUCAAAGCAUUCAGCCAAAAACCUCACCCAGGUUAUACUACCAAACAAAAGCUUGUUUUAGAAAUAACACCUGAACAGUCCAGAAUCCAUGUUUGGUUUCAGAAUGGAAGAGUUAGCCAUCGCGUCUGGAAAAGUUCAGAACCUGAGGAGUACUUAGAAGCAAGGCGAGACCAAGAUCACCCUGAAGAGAGGAAUCAAAGCAGGAAGAUGCCGGUGUCAUGCCAACUUCCUCUCCAUCACACAUCCUUACCACGGCACGUAGGAAGAACCCUUACACUGACAUCGAUUCCAGAAUCAAGAGUCCAAAUUUGGUUUUAAAAUCGAAAAUCUAGAUUCCAUGUCCAGUGUAAAAGAGAACCCGAUGAGCCCUUAAUACAGAAACAAGUUUAG